CCCGAAAGAAGGGGUUUUGGUCGGCAGUUUCGAUCGAAGGUCUCUGAGUUUCUCUUCGUCGUCGUCUUCUUCGGACAAGCGCAGACGAAGACACAGCCAACGAUGGAGGCCCUUGCUUGUAUUCAACACCGUCGCCAACCGCUCGGUUCCUCAGCUGAUUACUAUUGUCCAUCGCUACGAAGAUCCGCCUGUUCCCAAUUCCUCUCACCUCCUGUGCACUUUCCAUCUCCCUCAGUUAGAGCUUCAUCUGACUCGACUUGGCCGAAUUUCCAAAUUCGUCAAACCCCUUUAAACCAAUUCCUGGACUUUUUCCCCAAAAUCGCCACCUAUGCCACUUUAACCGCUGUAUCGACACUAUUCUUCAAUGGGUUUUACCGGAGCGCGUUAAUUUCCAAGUGCAUUGCGUCGUCUCCUGUGGCUGCUAUCCAAGAAUCGAUGGUUGAGGAGAGAGAAAUAGAGGAGUUAAUUGGGUCUGCUCGCAAACCAUUUCAUGGAUGCUCCGUGCGGUACUUGAAGCUCGAGGAGAAAAUUCCAGUAGUGUACGAUUUUACGAAAACGAAACCUGAAGAUCAAGCUUGGCUGGAGUUGAAGUCCCAUAUUCAUAGUUGUACUGAAGAGUUGGAGCUCGUGAAGGUUGGAUUUGAAGAGAUAUUGGAGAAAGAUCCAUAUGGCACCAAGUCCUAUCACGGUCUUAUACUUGAGUACCUGGAAAUGGUUGAUGAAUGUAAGGACAUAUUGAAGGAUAUUAAGAAAAAGAUGGAUAGGUGUGAAAGGGAAAAUGGAAAUACGAAGUAUUUUUUGAGUUUAUUUAACGAAUUGGUUGAUCGAGUAAGAGUCUUGCAGGGAUACAUGCUUGGUGCUUUGCAGUUUUAUCAAGAGCUUGAGCGAGAGUAAGAGCAAUUCGUCCUUAGGUGCUGGUUUUAAAGCGUUUUGUAUGAUUCAUUUUUCAUAUAAAGAAUGACAACCAUCCCAUUGCUCAAGGUGGGUUUUUGUGGCUUAGCUCAAACGUACUGAGUAUAAAUAGGAAAUUGUAAUAGGCUUACCUGGGUGACACUGUACUGAGUAUAAAUAGGAAAUUGAACCAUUGGCUGAAGCAUUAAGCUGAAUGGCAAUCACAAUAUAUAUCUUUCAGUUUUGGCAAUUUUGUUUCUAACUUUUGAAAGUGCUGGAAUGGAAUCAUCCACAAAUUGCUUGAUGUGUGAUUGCCAUGACAAUGCUGGGAAAAUAGGUGUCAAAUUGAACCUCAAUGAGGGGUUCUAUAGUCAGGAGGUCCAUGACUUUGUUAUAAUUGAGUUUUGUAACUUGCCCAAGGUCCUAUGACAAUUCAAGUUUAAAAUUUCUGAGCUAACAACUGAAGUGAAAGGUGAGGACAACAAAGUCAAUGUUUGAUUAAUCUCUUUUAGUCCUUUGCAGUUCUUUCAUAUUUUUUAGCGGACGGAUUAGAAUUUAUACUUACAAGUUGCAACUUGCCUCUGAUUCCCUAUUGUCCAUCAGAAUUCUUUAAUGAAAUGUAUUUCUGCAGAGUGGGAACUCAACAGUUGGCAUUGUAUUUAAAUUGCUUUGCUGAAGGCCAGUUCUUGUGGUCUUUGUUAGAUUACUGUCCAUUUAUUUGUGUGGGCUUUUCGUUCUACUUGCAACAGUAGUAGUGGGCGUCAGUUAAUUAGGCAAAAUUUGCCUCAUGAAAAUUG